AUAUUCUUUUCGUGAAUAACAAGAACAAAUUUGGAUAUAUAGUAUGAGGGUGUUUUUGCUCAUGUAAAAUGGGCUGACUCGUGUAGAUUCGAAAAAAAGAGGUAUAAUUGAUCUGCUCGCUAGAGCUAGCAGAGAAAAUAAUGAAUGCACUCAUGAUGUUUUAAUUUUUGUAGAAUUUAUCUUGAUUUUCUAUAAAAUUGCAAUUGAAUUUCUAUAAUUUAGAAAAUCAAGUAUUUUCUGAAUAUUUAAAAUUGCUUAUUUAAAGUCGAUUUUCUAAAAAGUAGAAUUUCAAAACAAUUUACAGUGUAUACUCUAGAAAGAGAUCUCUCUUAUGUUUUCUCUGCUAGUUAAUAUUCCUGCUAAUGUCACAGAAUAAUUUAUAUAUUCCAGAACAUAAAAAUAUACGAUUUUCUAAAUAGGAAAUGUUCUAUUUAAUAAGAGAAAACGAAAAAGAUUCUAGCAAAAAAUAUAUUUUUUGAUCAUACGAAAUAGGGGUGACACAUUUAAAGUUAACUAAAUUUUGAAACCGAGUAGAUAAACAUAGUUCUUGACUUGAUUGCUACUAUUUAAAGUCAAAUAUAUUUGAUAAAGCUAUAUAGUCAUUCUUCUACGAAUUUUGUUAUUAAAUAUGUAUAUAGUUAUGAGCAUCCCGAUGUUUUUGAAGAAGAAAGGUGACGGACUCUGCAUAAUCUGUAGAGGAAUUUUUUGACUAUUAUGAACAAAUAUUAACUUUUCACGAAGUUAAAUUUAAAUCAACUGUAAAUUGACAUCUUCAAGAUAGGAAAAUAAUACAACAACGUACGCAUAUGAUAAGUUCAUAUAUGUUCAUAGAAAAUAUAGAACUAUUUUGAUGCAAGAAAAAAGAGCAUUAGAGGGAACUCUAUUUUGUUUCUAUAGAAUAAUCUUUCAGUAUAUAUAGAUUAUUCUGAGGAAUUUCUAGCAAAAAGAAAAGAAAGAAUGAUCUAUUCAAAGAAUUGUACUCGAUACUUUUGAGAGAGAAAAAGAUCUCCUUUUAUUCUUAUACGUUUUCUCUUCUAGUUAAUAUUCCUGCUAAUGCUACGUGGAAGCAGAACGGAGUGACUAUUGCUGGAGGUAACGGGUAUGGGGGUGCCACUAAUCAACUCAACUUGCCUGAAGGUCUCUUCGUUGAUGAUGAUCAAACAGUGGUUAUUGCUGACUACAGGAAUCAUCGUAUCAUGCAAUGGAAGAACGGUGAUACAACGAAUGGGCAAGCUGUCGCUGGUGGUAAAGGCAAAGAAAAUGGAUUACAUCAAUUGAAUUGGCCAACUGAUGUAUUAAUUGACAAAGAGACGGAUAGUCUCAUUAUUUGUGAUGCAGGGAAUCGACGAGUUGUACGAUGGUCUCGUCGUAGUGGUACAACGCAAGGUGAAAUACUCAUCGAUAGCAUCGAUUGUUAUGGAGUAGCUAUGGAUGAGCAGAGAUAUCUCUACGUCUCUGACUAUGAAAAACAUGAAGUAAGACGAUAUCAAUUGGGUGAGAAGAAUGGCACUCUCGUAGCUGGUGGUAAUGGUAAAGGUGAUGGUCUCAAUCAACUCAACCUGCCGAGAUAUCUCUUUGUCGAUCGACAACAGACUGUCUACGUAUCAGAUCACUUGAAUCAUCGUGUAAUGAAAUGGAAUAAAGGUGCAAAAGAAGGUAUUGUGGUCGCUGGAGGAGAAGGCGAAGGGAAUGCUCUGACACAAUUGUCUUAUCCUAAUGGAAUCUUCGUUGAUACGUUGGGUACACUGGUCACAAUUGAAAGAAAAAUAUGA